GGGUGAUGGCUCGAGUCGUACACAUAAGUUGAUGAGUGAAGUAGUGACUAAGACUAUUGAGGGUACAAGAAGAGGAAACCAAAGUCUGCUCUGCGACACAAGGUGGGAACAGAGACACGUCUUUGAGAAGUUCAGCAGCAUUCAACAGGCUGCAGAGGGAGAAAAAAAAGAAGAAGAGGAUUGAAGACUGAAGAGUGGGGUUCAGCUGACCCUCUUGCCUGCUCCUUUUUUUUUCUUAAAGACAAGCGCAAAAUGCUGUGGAGAUUGACUCUUGCUGUGGCUGUGCUGUGUGUUAGCGGCAUGUGCAGCUUUGUGAAGGCUGAUGUGAUGAGCAAGCUGAUGUUCCCGAGGGACUACGGGGUGAAACUGUGCGGCAGAGAGUUCAUCAGAGCUGUUAUUUUCACCUGCGGAGGAUCCCGCUGGAAACGAUCCACAGAGGGGGACUCAGGUCAGUGUCCGUACAUGCUCUUCAAUUACUUCAAUCACUUCUCUCCUUCUGCACCUUUAUCCAGUGCGUAAAAUGUCAGAUAAGAAGUUGAAGCUGUUCUUGUGUAUUUUCUGUUUUCUAGCACACUUGAAAAUAUUAAAAAAAGAAGAAAAAACAGGGAGACAAACAGACAUCUUUCUAUCACUGUUCCCUAAUGAAAAUAUUUGGAUAAAACUGAAUAAAAUGAUUGAAUAUUGUCAGAAAACCAUCAUCCCUGUUGUAGUCGUCCUUCAAAAACCACCUUUACUUUCAUUUUGAAACUAAGAUUUAUUUCCCAGAUUAGAUUAUAUCCUGUAAUCUUGCUUUUCAGGAAAACCCAGAGCGGUCAUGAACUUUUUAAAAUGAAUCCAUCUCUUGUCUUUCUCCAGUUGCCUCACAGUGGACUUCCCUCAGUGACAUUACAGCACAGGAGCACCAUCAAACCUGGCAACCCUCCACAGAGCUCUCAGCAGAGGACCCUUCUCCUCUCCGGAUCACCUCCUCUUACUCGCUGGCAGACCUCUUGGCUUUCUUUGGAGACAGGCAAACUUUGCAGAGAGAACCAGAGAUUGAGGAGAGGUCGCUGCCGUCUUGGGGCGACCAAGGUGGCUACCCCGCCGCGGACGACUGGCCCAUACCGAGCAAGAGGAAGAGGAACUUUUCUCUAGGUGUGGCAGGGAAGUGCUGCAGCCAGGGCUGUACCAAAAAUGAUAUUGGACGAUUGUGUUGAGAAUCAGGGGAGAAGGAGAAGGGGGGAUGAUGGCAGGGGUUGUGAGGAAGAAAAAAAAAAAUUAGGAGGUUCUUUAAGCAGAGAAAGUUUCUAUCUGCUGUUAAAGCCAGCACCACUCAUGUCUAAUUGCACAGAAUUAAAGAAACACAGAGACGACUCAAUCACAAAGUCUCAUCUCCUCAUUUCUUCUUUAUGUCUCUGUAAGAAUUUCUUUUCUUCUCCUCUCUUGUAUAUUUUCCUGUAAAAAAAAAUCUGUAUUUCUGCUUUUAAUCAUAGAGAAUAAAUUUUCAAAACGGUGUUAAAAUUAAA